ACUGAGAGAAAUAUAUACUUUAAAAAUAUACAGUCGCUAUCAUGUAUGCUAAUGUAAAUACCUGAUACACUUACUGUACGUUUAUUUAUUGAAUUAUCUCUUCUAUUUGCUACAGUCUGAUGAAGGCACGGAUGUGCCGAAACGUCACCAUUUACCUUGCCGUAGCAACAUUUCAUUGCUUGCUGAAUAAACAAAAAUUGCACUUCGCAUAAAACUUGACUGGAGUCUUUGAAUUUAUUAGUGAAAAGGGGUGGGAACCCUACUCCAGUAAAAAAUCCACCGUGCUACAAGGGCUCUGCUUAUAAUUGAUAAAUCCCUAACCUGGUGAAGCACCGUGGCAGAAACAUGACAAGCGACACGCUUUCAUAUCAAGAUGACGAAAUCAGUUCCAUCCUAUCAAAGGUCACCUUAACAAGUGAUUUUUUACAAACACCAAGCUCCGAGUUCAAGGCUAGAGAUUUGGAAAGAGAAUCUAGAAAACUCCUGAGCUUUGAACUGCACAGCGUAACCAUGGCCGAAUACCUCAAAGUUAAACGCAUACCACGUGGCCUGAGGAUACGGACAAGACCGACCUUCUUUAAGGACAAUCGGGACUACUGUUCCAAAUUUGAACAAAUAUUGAACAAAUGUUCUUUUGACAUAAUGACUUUAACUCUAUCUUUUCUACAACAAGCCAUCCUAGACACAAAAGAAUUGAUCAAAAGUACGGAAGAACAACUACAAGCAAUAUUAUCACAAGAGGACUAUGACAAACUUUUGGAAAAACUAAGAUCACACCUGGCAACCCAAAGGAAAGAGAUCGAGGACACAAAAAGGAAUAAAUUCCGAAGAGAUACCGAAGACUACCGUCUCAGUAGAGUCUAUCGAUGGCCCGAUACACCUUCCACAAAUACCAGAUGGAGAUCUUCUUCAACGGACUCCUCCAACUCAGGAUCCAACCGAGACCCAAGCUACCGAUCUAGACAAAUGGAUGCCCGACCUCCUAGAACUCAAAGAAGACCCAACAGAGGAACGUAUCCACAAGGACAACAACCGACUACAAUAACCACGAGAUCCCAGGCCCAUUGACUCUUCAGGACUACUCCAGUGCCGCAGAAUAUAUGACUGUUCUUCUAUAGGAGGAUGGCUGCCAAUGACUGUGUCCUUGCCAAUAUUGACCUGGUUUAUGGCCUUGAACUGCAGUAGCAGAACUCUGUCAUAUAUUUUCUUUUCACCUUUGUUUGUUUACCACUUUUUACUUUAUUUUUGCUUAUUUUUCGCAAGUAAAUCAUUAUUUCUAGCUCUACAAUUAUGUGUUUGUAACACUGAGAGAAAUAUAUACUUUAAAAAUAUACAGUCGCUAUCAUGUAUGCUAAUGUAAAUACCUGAUACACUUACUGUACGUUUAUUUAUUGAAUUAUCUCUUCUAUUUGCUACAGUCUGAUGAAGGCACGGAUGUGCCGAAACGUCACCAUUUACCUUGCCGUAGCAACAUUUCAUUGCUUGCUGAAUAAACAAAAAUUGCACUUCGCAUAAAACUUGACUGGAGUCUUUGAAUUUAUUAGUGAAAAGGGGUGGGAACCCUACUCCAGUAAA